AGUAUAUAUGUUUUGACGCUCACAGAUUUCCCUCUGAAACAGCCGAAGUCAGGCCGAUUGUUCAUUCUCUUGGUUUUGUCUCUAAUUCUUUCACACAUAUAUCUGUGUAGUGUUGUGGCCACCAUGUCGGACACAUGGAGCAACAUCCAGGCACACAAGAAGCAGCUGGAUUCUCUGCGAGAAAGGCUGCAGAGGAGACGGAAGGACACAAACCAGCUCGCAAUAGAGGUGUCGGGUGCUGAGGGUUCGGCGGAACGGAGCGACAGUCCUGGACCAACCUCUCUGGUCACUCCGAAGGUUGAGGAGGAGGAGCGACCUCCGGACCCCGAACUGGAGCAGAAGCUGCUGGGAUACCUGUCCGAACUGAGUCUGUCACUGCCAAUGGACUCUCUCACCAUUACCAAUGACCUGUGCAUGAUGGAGGUACCAGUGUCGCAUGCCAGCAUCCAGAGCCUCCUCCUCAAGUUCUCCGCCCAGGAGCUCAUCGAGGUGCGUCAGCCCUCCCUCUCCGCCGCCUCGUCCUCCUCCAUGACCCCUGCCACCAUCGUGACCUCCGUGGACCACACCAAGCUGUGCGCCAUGCGGGGGGAUCUGUCCCAGAGGACGGGAGGCGUCAAGAGGAAAGGAGACGACAGCGUCCACCUCAAGCGUCUGUCUGGCUCCGCCCCCUCCAUACCGCCCCCGCCCUCCCCGCCACGGCCCUCGAGCAUCACCCUGGCGCUGCCGUCGUCGGCUCACACGUCAGGAGUGUCUGAUUGGAAGACGGGAGGAGGAGGGCCAGGGAAGAAGAGCAGGACCAGUAAAGAGCAAACGACUCAUCUGGACAUGGAGAUCGAGAGCCUGCUCAACCAGCAGUCCACCAAGGAGCAGCAGAGCAAGAAGGUAAGCAGGGAGAUUCUGGAGCUGCUGAAUACCAGCUCGGCGAAAGAGCAGUCUAUCGUGGAGAAGUUCCGCUCACGAGGACGGGCACAGGUUCAAGAGUUCUGUGAUCACGGAACCAAAGAAGAGUGUCUGCGCUCAGGAUACACACCACAACCCUGCACAAAGCUGCACUUCAGGCGGAUCAUUAAUAAACACACAGACGAGAGUUUGGGCGACUGCUCCUUCCUCAACACUUGUUUCCACAUGGACACCUGUAAAUAUGUGCACUACGAGAUCGACAGCCCCCCGGAGAUCGAGACGGGGGCCCUGUGCCCUGUGACGGGCGGAGUGGAGAAGGGGCUGCACUCGGGGGACGGAGACAGUAACGCGGGCACACUCUUCCCUUCUCAGUGGAUCUGCUGUGAUAUCCGCUACCUGGACGUCUCCAUCCUGGGGAAGUUUUCGGUGGUGAUGGCCGACCCUCCGUGGGACAUCCAUAUGGAGCUUCCGUACGGAACGCUGACGGACGACGAGAUGAGGAAGCUUAACAUUCCUGCCCUCCAGGAUGACGGUUAUGUCUUCCUGUGGGUCACUGGCAGAGCCAUGGAGUUGGGCAGAGAGUGCCUCAGUCUAUGGGGAUAUGAGCGAGUCGAUGAGAUCAUCUGGGUGAAGACCAAUCAGCUGCAGAGAAUCAUUCGCACAGGGAGAACAGGUCACUGGCUCAACCACGGCAAAGAGCACUGUCUGGUUGGUUGCAAAGGAAACCCUCAAGGAUUCAACCGUGGAUUAGACUGUGAUGUCAUUGUGGCAGAGGUACGCUCCACCAGUCAUAAACCUGAUGAGAUCUACGGGAUGAUUGAGCGACUUUCUCCAGGAACCAGAAAAAUAGAGCUGUUUGGGAGACCUCACAACGUACAGCCCAACUGGGUAACCCUUGGUAACCAGCUGGAUGGUAUUCAUUUGCUGGACCCUGACGUUGUGGAUCGAUUCAAGAAGCGCUACCCUGACGGAGUCAUCUCCAGACCUAAAAACAUGUAGACCUUUCAACCCAUAAACUUUGAACUUUGGAAGGACUGGCAGAAGAUGACCAAUACGUUUUCCUGAAUGAACAGGGAAGAACUUUUUUUUGUACUGAUUUUCUGAAUUUGUAAUAAAACCACUGAAAAGACUACUCCCA